AUGAAAGUUCAUUAUAUUAAUAUAUUAUUGUUUGCUCUUCCAUUAGAUAUAUUGGAACAUAAUAAAAAUGAACCACACACCACACCAAAUCAUACACAAACCACCAGAUCAUUAUGCGAAUGUGAAUUAUAUUCACCGGCCAAUAAUGAUAAUGAUCCCGAAAUGAAAAGGGUGAUGCAACAAUUUGAGGAUCGUACAUCACAAAGAUUUCAUGAAUAUGACGAACGUAUGGUCGAAAAACGAAUGCAAUGUAAAGAUAAAUGCGAUAAAGAAAUUCAAAAAAUUAUUUUAAAAGAUAAAUUAGAAAAACAAAUGGUAGAACAGUUUUCCACAUUACAAACUGAUAUACAAAGUGACGCCAUUCCCACAUGUGUAUGCGAAAAGUCGAUCGAGGACAAAGUGGAAAAAGGAUGUUUGCGAUGUGGAAGUAUAUUAGGUGCGGCGAUGCCUGAAUUGGGAUCGGUAGGUGGGAGUCUUUUAUAUGCUUUAAAUACCUGGAAACCUGCUGCAAUUAUAGCUGCUAAGGAAGCGGCCUUAGCUGAGGCUACUGAUCUUGCUACGCAAGCUGGUAUUGAUACUGUUGUCGCUCAACUUAAAAUUGAAGGAUUGCUUGCCUCCUUUACUGUGAAACAAAGAUUAGUUGAUUUGAGUUCAAUUGUUACUUCAUCAACAUAUAAUAAUGGUGCUAUUCUACAUAAAAGUGCUAUGGAAUUAGCUAGUAGUUACUGUCAUUUUGAAGGAACUCAAAGUACGCCUCCUUUUUGUAGUACGAUAAAGUACGGUCAGACUACUAAUUUUGUUCGUUACGCAAAAGCUGGUAGUGCUGCAUUUAAGACAGAAUUCGCAUCCAAAUCAGCAACACUUACAAAAGCAAAGGUGGGUGCGGUAGAAGCUACAUAUGGUGGUUACCACAUUAGUAUUAUUUCUUCCAUCGUUGCAAUUGUAGUUAUAGUUUUAAUUAUGGUGAUAAUUUAUUUAAUUUUACGUUAUCGACGAAAAAAAAAAAUGAAGAAAAAACUUCAAUAUAUAAAAUUAUUAGAAGAAUAG